UUCAAUUAAUGUUUGAGCUUCACCUUUAUUAUUAAAAAUCAAAUAUCAAUAUCUGCCCCUCCCCGUUUCUAUAAUAAGUAACAACCACCAGGUAGGUAGCUAGAUAGAUACAAUAUGGAAGAACGUUCCCAAAAUAAGGCAAAGAUUUCCUCAAACUCAACUAAAACUACUUCUGAAGUGAGCAGCAGUGAGUGGGAUUUCAUAGAGAUGAGCGAACAAGAAGAGGAUCUCAUUUACAGGAUGUAUGGUCUAGUUGGAGAUAGGUGGAAUUUGAUAGCAGGUCGCAUUCCUGGGCGUAAAGCAGAAGAAAUAGAGAGAUUCUGGAUUAUGAGACACGCUCAUGCUUUUUCUGCCAAAACAAGAAGUGAACGUAAAGCUAAUUAAAUGAACAACUUUGUACUAUUGGUUUAUUCAGAUUUUUUUUCUUUCUUUCAAAAUAGAGUUUUUCAAGAAUUAUUUGUAUUACAUCUAGUUAAAUAUGACACUUUCUUUUUUAAUAGAGUUUUUUUUCACCAGUUUAAUCUGGUUCGAUGGUCAGUUCUAAUUACCGAAUAUGUAUUUGUUAAAAAAAAAGAAUAGUGAUUAUGUAAUCCUCACAUCUAUGACUACACAUUUGGAGUGUGACCUAAGUUGUCCGAUAACAGUGACUGGUAAUAAGUAAUCGAAAUGAUCUUGGAUAGACGAAUAGACC